AUGCUUGUUAUUGUGGUUAUUAUGGCCUUCGUACACUCAAUCCUCUCGGUCAAAUUGCUUCCCGGUGGCCCAGUCCACCUUGGAAUGAGUCAACUGGAAACGGUAUCACCUGCAAUAGGAAAUGUAAGAGAACCUGUGCGGGAAAUCAGCCCAAUGGAAAAAAUUCUGUUGCAGGAUGAGAACCUUGAGACUUGGAGGGACAUAAGAACAAUUGAAGAAGUAGUUAAGCAAAACAGAGAUGGUGCGAUAUUUGGGAAAAGAGUGAACUAUUACAUAGGUCCCAUCUUGAAAGACUGCCCUUUUGGGACGACUGCAAAUUCAAAAAUUGAUUCAAAAAUUGAAAGUAGCAUUAGCAAAGUGGACCUGGACAUUUCUUUUUCCCCAUUAGAAAGACUUGUGCAUCAACUCAUACAGAUCCUGAAAGGCCACUCUGAAAAAAAAGAACAUCCAAAGCUGGAUUGUCUGGAAGCAGAAGUGUCAAGCACACUGAAUCAUUUGUCCAAGAAUAAAAAUCAAUACGCAGUAAGGAAAAUAGUUGCCCCCUUUGUUGACCACGCAAUGUCAAAAAUUGGAUGGAACACAUUACUUGAGAAUUUCCAGAAGUCAAUGACCCUGUUGUAUGGCUCAAAUCACUCACUUGAAACAUUUCUUAUCUCAUCUCAACUCAAAAAGGAUGAUCAAUUACAAUAUGGCGUCUACUAUAGGAAUUAUAUGCAUAUGUUUGAAAUCUUUGAAAUCUUGGUGGCUGAUGGUUUAAAACAUCAGAACAUGAUUUGCAAUGUUGAUAAAAUCCGGUCACAAAACAUGAAAGAAAAAAAAAUCCUCAAUGAUCAUAUAGGUGGCGUGAUUGAUAUACAUAGGUACCUGAUCAACAGAACCCCUUGGAGUGGAUAUUCAUGGUCUCCAGUUCCUUUUUUUGAAGAUCCCUUAAAAACAUGUGGCCACAAAUCCACUCAGUUCAGUGGAGAAGUUCACAAAAUUUGGUUUAUUUUUGGUGGAAAUGACCACAGGAUAUCAAAUCAGCUUGGGGUUAUUUCAGAAGAAGACCUAGCUGAGGAUCACAAGGUCUCAAAAAAGCUUGAAGGAGUAGAAGACUUGUGGUCAUUCCAAAAAGCCAAGCAAGAGAACGUAAUGACCUACAACCUGGUAGUAAAGCAUAUGUCUAGAGCAAUUGAUUUAGUAUCAAAACUUGAUGAAGAUGAUCCAGAAAUACUUUCAGUCCUGCGUGAAAUGUUCACAACCUCAAUGGAGUUCAUUGUGAAGAGAGGUGACCACAAUGAACGUAAAAGAGUUAUUAACAACAGUGUUAUGUUCUAUCUCUUCAUCCGAAGGACUGGAAAUGUGCUCAGCCAUGUUUUGGAAAGUCUUUUCCCCAAUACACCUCUUGAAAAAAGAGUAACAACAGCACAAUCAAUGAGAUACUAUUGGGCUUUGACAAAAUUCAGGUCAAAUCAUCACAGUAAAAAUAAAGAAAUUCGGUGGAGAUGGCUGCAUUUUGGACUGGGACAAGUCUAUGAGGAGCAUCUUCUGGCAUCUGAUAAGCUUAACAAUUUCUACAAUCAAAUGGUUUGGGCUUUGCUUUCAGAAGGUGUACAAGACAGGAAUCCUGUCACUUGUAAAAUCAUUCCUGGUUGGAAGCAAAGCUGUGUCAUUGAAUCUGACAGAAAGUCUCAGUUGACUGAAAUUGUUUUUGAAAGUGCCAAAGAAUUCUCCAGAGGCCAGGAUUCAAUAAAUGAUAAAUACAAUACUUUUAAAAGAAAGGCAUUUGCUCACUUGAAAGAGCUAUACUCUAAUGGUGAGCUACAUGGGGCUUUCUUAUGGAAUAGAUCAGAAAAAGGGAAUAAUACAGGGAAAUCAACAGUAAGUAAAAACGCAGAGUCAAAAAGACUUGCUCCAAAGAAGACUCAAUUAUUAGGAACACCACAAUCCAAUGAAUUUACAAUUGUGUCAGAUGUAUUAUCAAAAGAACAAGAGGCCAUAACUCCUUUUAAAUCACUAAAAUCCCAGCAGGACUCAGGUAAUUCUCAACAUCAUACAAGUACAAGAGUCUCCAAAAUCAAGAAGUCUUCAAAAAGAAGGAAAGUUUUCCAUGAGAAAAGUUUCUUUGAUAAAGGAUGGCCAAAAAAGUCUAGGACAAAGGCUUUUUAUGUAGUAGAUGAUGAGCCAUCAGAAAUUGAAGAAAUACUAUUGUCUAUCAAAUACCAGAGAAGAAAUCUAACUUCAAAGCAAUCUAUUGCAAUGCAAACAAAUUUAAGUCCAGAGUACCAAGGACCCUAUCUUACCACCGGCUCCAGUCCUGCAGCAUUGGACUUUAGACCCAAACAAAAAUUCCCACAGAUCACUUCCACACCAAAUGGAUCAAUUGCCUUCCCAAACACUGCACAAUCUUCACAUUGA